AUGUUGUACAAUGAUGUUAUGCAUCCCAUUAACAUUGCUUGGCUCUUGUAUGAUGUGCUGAAUGUCGCCGUCUUCUCUUUCAUCCCAGAGACAUUUCUCCGUAAGCGUAUAAAGAGAUCCUCACGCAGAGGCAGAAGAGGAACAGGAGAAGAGGAUGGGGAAGGAGGAGAAACAGAUCAAGAAGAUCAACGUAGUCAUCGUAGUCAUCGUAGUCAUCAUCAUCGUAGAAGUGGUGGUAGUAGUAGUCAGCCACCUUCUGUAAACACAAGUUUAAAUGCAUCUGCCUUUGCAAGUGGGGAAUUACCCCCGCAAGUGCCACACCGCAGUCGCAGUCACAGUGGCGGUCUACACGCACGACGUGAGAAGUCUACAAUCACAACAACAACAACAACAACAAAUCGCUGGCGAGAUUGGCGAUCUAUAGAUAUUACGAAACAAGCACGUGUAGUGGCACAUAUUUUACGAGCCACUCCUGUUGCCCUUUUACACUUUUUGUGUCAAUAUAAAACAGAUGUGGCAACUCUACCACUACUUCAAUUUUCAGAUCUCAACAAUCAUGCACGUUCUCUCUUGUGGUUUAGUGAAGAUGCUGUAUUUGCCUCUGGCGUUGUGGUUUCCUUCACCAUUACACGUGUGUUAUUGCGGGCUAUUCAACAAUAUAUAAAGGAACGAUUAUUAUUUGAGACAAAUCUCGUUGUACGUAGUCUUCGCAGUCGCCGGGCGUGGCGGAACACCUUUGGCUGGGCUCUCACGAUAAGUGCACACACCAUCACAGAUCCUAUUGCCUUCAGUACGGUUGCCUGUAUGUUACUUGCACGUAAAGGGAAUGUGCAGGAGUGGCGAGUAUUAAAGUAUACACCGGCGGGAAUUAUUGCCGCAGGGGCGGUGGGUUGUGCGGGUGUUGUGUUGGAGAUUAUGUUUACACCCGUUGCUGUGCAACUCUGUCAGUGUGGAGUCGUUCGGGUAUUUGAUGCCGCGGAGUAUUUACUACUUCGACGAUAUGCCACAGAAGCCUUGGAGUAUGAAGAAGAGGAAGACGAUGAUGAUGAUGAUGAUGAUAUGGAUAUAGAUAGUGUGGAUAAUAAUAAUAAUAAUGAUAAUAAUAAUAAUGAUGGGAGUGUUGUUGGAGAGAAGGAUAACGAUCAUGGUGAUGUGAGUGAGAUCAACAGGAGCAGGAACAACAAGAACAGCCAUGAGGAUGAGGAUGAUGAAAAGAAAAAGAAGAAAAGGAAACAGAAAGAGGAGGAGGAGGAAGAAGGGGAUAAGAGUAAGAAUAACGACAAUGGGAUUGUGGGAGAAGAAAAGAAGAAGGAAAAACGAGAACGACGACGAGAAAAAGAACACAGUAGAAAUACUAGCCACAAUAGCAGUCGAGAAGAAAUAGGUGGAAGUAAUGUGAACAGUGAAGAUGAAAAUGGAACAACAGAGCGUAGUCAUCACUCACAUAAACGACAUCGUUCAUCCUCAUCCGAAAAGAAGAAAGAAUCUCACCAUUCAUCUAAAUCUAAUCCACUCACAGAUGAUAGUGAAAAUGAACGGGCUACACAUAAUAAGGAAAGUAAGAAAGAUCAUAGUCAUCAUGCAACCCAUAAUAGUAGUAGUAUCAUCACUAGUGGUCGUACUCGGGAAAAGAGUAGAGCCGAAAAGAAAAAAGAAAGAGAAGAACGUCGUGGAAAAGCAAAGAAAGCAGAAGAAAGAGCUAUUGUACGAGCUAUUAUGUACCGUGUUGUCGCCUCUCUCAUUGCACAAUGUAUGGUCCAACAUCCAUUAACAGUUCUUGCACACAUGUUAUACAAUCGUGCCGUCCUUCACGGUGUGGGACUUCUCACGGUAUACGAUAGAUUCCCUAAUACACCACUUACUUGGCAUGCAUGGCUGCAGUUUCUCCGGUUUAGUGAUAAAAACUAUAAUGCUAGUGGAGAAGAAGAGAGUAGUGGUGUGUUAAUAGUGGAGAUAUUGCGGAGUAUGGGUUACUUUAUUGGACAUGAGGUGAGUAUGGUGAGUGGAAGUAUUCGCAACUGUUCCUCGCAGGAUGCCGGUAUUCGUGCACUCGUAAAGAAGGCAGAACAGAAACUCAAAAAUGAUGGUAAUAAUAAUAAUAUUACGAAUAGUAAUAGUAUUGAUACGGAUACGAAUCUUGGGAAUAGAGCAUUAGCGAUGGAAAGUGCGGAACUCAUGCUACGAAGUAUCGCAUCUCUCUCACCGCUUUUUACGGCGCUGCACUUUACAGCUAUUGAUAAAUUACUUGGAUUCUAUAUGGCUGUGUGGGUGCGGUUAAAUGAUAGAUAG